AAUAUAUUAAGGGAAAUAUAAAUAUAAAACGUUAUAUAAAGGUAAUAAAUCAAUAACAAAAUUAUAUUAUUAAACAUGGGAGACACGUACUUCAACCAGGAUAGACUUAAGUGAACAAAAGUACUGCACAUAGAAGUGAACAAGAGUCAGUAUACGGAAGUGAACGAAAAUGAUUCGCUCACGUAAAAGAUUCAUUCAAAAACACCGGAUUCUUUCAAGAACAAACGAAAGACUCGCGCAUGCGCACACGAUUCAGUUGUCAAACGGUGGUUAUGGAGAUAAAGAGAUCAGGUACGGGAUGCCUCAUAAGAUAGGCUUCACUGUGAUCAGCUGGUCUGGUCAUGAAGGAAACUACAGUGCCAAAAAGCUGAUGGUCCACGCGCCCACCGUCAAUGGCUGGAGAUCCACCAGGUUCUGUCCAUUCCCACAAGAAAUCAUAUUGCAGUUGGUUGAGAGAUGUCGCAUCCUGAAACUCCAGCUACUGGCCCAUCAGUACCUGAUCCCAUCCAAGAUCGAGUUCCACAUUGGAGAUAGACUGCCUGAGUCCAGCUCACCCCAGAAGACUCAUAAUCUCCACAGAUUGGGGUAUGUGUCCCUCUCUGACAAUGAGAAGACUGGUUUCAGAGCCAGAGAGCUCAAGUCUGUUCAUGUUGAUGCUGUUGGGUCUUACUUAAAGCUCACCUUUCACAGAAACCAUGUUAAUCAAUACAACAUCUACAAUCAGGUUGCAUUGGUGGCCCUAAAUAUUUUGGGUGACCCUGUGGAUGGAAAUGACAUUGGGACAGCACUAAGCAGAGAUCAGCUGAUUGAUCAAUAUCUAAACAACAGCCAAUACAGCUCAGCUUUGGAUGGCACAUACACCGGGCUCUCAAGUUAUAAAUGUGAUUCUAUCUCGCCGCUCGAUGACUUGGCAUUUGACAUGUAUCAGGACCCUGAGGUGGCCCAUAUCAUUCGGCUGCUGGACCAGAAAAAACAGGACAUGGUUCGGGAGGAAAGAUUUGAUCUGGCCAAAAAACUCAAACAAGCUAUUGCAGACCUGCAAAAGGUGGGCGAGCGUUUGGGCCGGUAUGAUAUGGAGAAACACAGUGCCAUAGAACGAGAGGACUAUGACACAGCCAAGCAGAAAAAGGAACAAAUGGAAGCUUACAGGCUCACAGUCUACCAGCAGCUGGAGCUCCAUGACCUGCUGGACAUCAGUCAGAUCCACAGAACUUCUGAGCUUUCCAUCUCUGAUUUUCCCUCUCCACGUGUUGGGACACAGAAAGACACCCCUCAUCCAGCAGACUCACCCAGGAAGAGAAGACAGAGGCAACAUGUGAAGGAGACAGAUGAGCAGGACACUUCAAAAGCUGCUAGCCCCAAACAUACAGUCACCCCAACACCCCUCACUCCUCCUCACGUCCCCAAGCUCGAUAUCAGUUCCCUUCCUUAUGACGAGAGGCCUUUACCAACACUUAGAAAGAGGUCGAGUGAUCAGCCAAUCAGUGAGCUUGAUGAGAUGCCCCCUAUGACAGAUACAACCACCCCACGUAGCCCUGGGGCUUCGGGACAACCAGAACCGCUCACAGAGAAAGCUCAGAGAGAGGCCAGUCUGCCCAUCGACAUCUAUGGAGACAAUCUGGUGGCAGGGGCCUAUUCCAAGACGUGGUCCUACAGGGAGGAUGCUUUGCUGGCAGUCUACAAGAAACUGAUGGAGGUUCCACCUGGAACCCCAAAAGCAGAACUGCGGAGCAUGACGAGAGCAGCUGUGUUCCUCUGCAAGAAAGCUCUCACAGAUAAAGUGUCAUCUGUGUUUCUUGCAUCUCUGAAUUUGCUUCGAAUGAUUCUGAGUGAGUUUAUUCCCAACCAUCAGCUGGGCAAAUCUGAGAUCAGUCACUGUGUGGAACAGACUUGGAAUAAUCUGCUCUCCAGGACCGGAGAAUCAACCCCGAGACUGAGAACACAAGCUAUUACCUUCAUACAGGAAAUGGCUUUAUUUAAGGAGGUGAGAGCACUGCAGAUGGUUCCUGUGGAGCUUGUGAGGCCCAUGCAGAGCAGUGUACCCACUAGACUGGCGCUGAGCAGACUGGAACUGCUGGAGAAGCUUCUAGAACAGCUGGGCACCAAGGACUCUGGCUUCACCCUCGACAACGUCAUGCGGUUUCUGGCAGGUGGAUUGGAGCACAGUGCUGCCUCAGUGCGGGAACUCUCCGUGAGAGUCGUCCAGGCUAUGUACCGUCUUCAUGGAAAAGCAGUAUUGAAUUUUCUGCCACCUGAUGACACCAGCACACGUAAAAACGUCCUCUAUAAGAACCUUUUUGACUCACUCGCCAAGAUAGAUGGAAACACCAUUGAUGCGCAGAAACCAAAAAAAGAAGAUGGUGAGAAAGAAAAAGAGGAAAUCAGAAGCUUACAAGAGCAGCUUGCAGUGCUAAAGGAGAUCAGUGAGAAAGGGAAGGAAAAUACCAAAGUACCUGAGAAAAAAGCCGAGAAGUCGACAAAAUCAGGUGUUAAGAAGGUAAACCAGUCUGUUCCUGCUGAUGCGAAAGGAAGCCAAGCAUCUGUAGCUAACUACUUAGACAAUCUGUGUAUUUUCUGUGGAGAGAGAGAUGAGUCGUUUACUGAGGAUGGACUCGACCUGCACUACUGGAAACACUGCCCGAUGCUGCAGCGCUGCCUUCAGUGCAGACAGGUGGUGGAGAUUGCGAGCGUGACAGAGCACUUGCUGACUGAAUGUGAGCGGAGGGCAGAUUUCACCCAGUGUCCACUUUGCUCCGAAGCGCUCACCCGAGAUAAGCUAACUGAACAUGCUAAAAGCACUGCUUGCAAUCCACCAAAUUGUGGAGAAAAUUGUAGUCACUGUCCUCUCUGCCAUGAAAACUUUGCCUCAGGGGAGGAGGGCUGGAAGUCUCACCUCAUGGGAACUGAGGGUUGCAAACAGAACUCACGGAGGAGAGCGGUACAGCAGAGCACUCUCUCACACGCACAAGGAAAAACAGUCAGUACAGCUACAGCUAAGACGACAAUGGUCAUAUCCGAGUCCAAGGCUCGAGGGCUGGGCAGAGGCAGUCGCAUCCCUGCUCCUGCUUCCAGGAUUAACAGACGCACCAGAAUUCUUCCAGGCAAGGCCUCUAGCCACCGACUACAACAGGCAUAGCACACAGGCUACAUGGUAACUCUAGUAGCUUUGCUGAAAUAAUCUCAUAUGAGUGAUUUAUAGCAAAAAACACACAAAUUUACUUUAUAUCAGGUUUCAAAUAAUGCAUUAUUGCACUCUUAUUGCUGUACUGAUUUAGAAAUAUUCCUGUAAGACAGCAUCAUUAUUCGAAGCACACAUUAUCUUUGACACCUGAUAUAAAAAUUACCCAUUAAUGAAUGUAAAAUCUUUCAAAUGUGUGUGAACGAAAAUACUUGAGCUGAAAAACAGGUUUAUGAGCAGAUACGCAGUUUGCAUUUUGCUCUGUUUACCUUUUCAGGUGGAUCACCUGGAUUCUUUUGUAAUCUAUUUAAGAAUUGUAUUCUUGUAUGUUGUUUUAUACUUGUUUGUUUAGUGUGUGGUGUAUGUGAAUAUUUUGUGAUUGUAGCACUUUGAUAUUUAAUGGGUUUUAAAGCAUCAUUAGCACCAUAGCCAAACAUAAAAAGUAGCCUUUGAAAAGAAAGCAAAAAUUCUGUUCAAGAGAUUUGAACCUUAGAUUCUUAUUUUAUCUGAUUCAGAAAAUGCACUUAAAUUUCCUGCAGCACUCGCCUUGCAACAUUUAGUUUACAAACAAACAAAAAUGUUGUUUUUCUUGAAGAGGGCAAAGGCUAAUUCAAGUCGCAGAACUGCCUUGGUGCUUCUCAGAGAAUCGGGACUUGGAACAGAGAUGUUGCCAAUACACGAGGCCACUGCUGAGAGAAUAAAGAGCCAUAAGGGAUGAUGAUGCUGUUAAGACUAUUAUUUCAUAUGUUUGGUCUUUGCAUUUGCUUCAGUAUUAGAGAAACUAUUGGCAUUUUUUGUGUUAAAUCACUGGGUAUCAUCUGUAUCAAACUAUGCUGUUCUAUUGAUUGUGUUAGAAAUUAAAUGCUUUAGUCCAGUUAUGCUUAUAAAAUCAUUGAGACCGAAGAUUUGAAACAACAUAAAGGCAGUUUGAGUGGAAUAGGCUGAUCCUGUGCCUGAAAAUAAGCCAUAAUGUCACGUUUUAAAGUAUUUGCAUAUUAGUGAAGACUGAACAUAGGUAUGCAGUCAGAGUUUUCCUAUUAUGUGAGACAUGAUAGUCAUGGGAAUUUUUUUAAGGUACAACCCCAAUAGGCUUUAACAGUAUAUUAUACCGGAAUAAAACAAACCAGUUUAAAACCUUUGGGAGUAAUCACAGCACAUGGGCAUUUCUUUUUAAAAAUGUUUUCUGGUGUCAUUACUGACAUAAUGCAUUGUCUGUAGCUUCUACAGCUCACUGCUGAGACAUGCAUUAUAUAACUGAAAUAAAUCAGCCCCUGCAGACAUGAUUCACUCAUGUGGCAUUACUGAGAUGUUUAAUAUUUAUAUAAUAUAAGUCAACCUAAACAAUUAUUUGAGUGGAGAGAGUGAUCUAAAAGUGACAAACUCAAUUUGCUUGCACAGAUGACUGACACAUACCCAAUAGUAUUAAUUUUUCAGUCAAAUGUAUAAAUAUUUAUACUAUGUAGAUAAUAUAUAGGUGAUAAUGGUAGAAUAUCAUAUAAUGCUUUUUUUGUUGUUUGCUUUCAUUUGUAUUUAUAGCAGAAUUAAGAAGCACACAAGAGUUGCAUCAUAGUAAUCUGGAGGAUGUACCUGAAAAUGUUGCACUAAUGUGUGCUGUCAGUUCUCAAGAACAUGAUUGCAAACUUUUUUUGGCAACCCUAAAUGAAUUUACCAGCAAAUUAGAAAGUGCAUUAUAGGUGCAGUCUUAGUCUGGCCACUUUCCAUUUUCCUCAGGUGUGUACAGUUCACAACUUUAAUGUUGUCUGUACAGAUUAAGCGUUUGUUCUUAGACAUGCAAUGAAGACUAUUUAAGACAUAUUAUGAAACAAGAUUUAAAAGAUUUAUACUGAUGGUAAUUUGAAUUGUCAGCCACGACACAUUAAUUCAAUGCCCCUCAGCUGUAUGUGCAUAUCAACAGAAGCUAAUAUCUGCUUUGUUGCUUGUUAGAAGCUGUUUUAAUAAAUGUAUUUGAAUAAUGUUUUGUCACAUGCUUGUUUUUUGUAAUGUAAUAAUGUAAAGAUACAAUUUAGCUUUGUACGUUUUUUUGAUUGUGACACAAACACCAAACCAAAACAACACAUCUGAAAAAUGAAAUGUUCAUGGUGGUGUGUUUAUCAUGCAGUGUUAUUCACUCACAAAUGAAAUGAUGCAGAUCAAUGUCAUUUACUCACCCUUGUGUCGUUUCAAACUUGUAUGACUUACUUUCUUACAUGGAACACCAUAGAGAACAUUUCAAUUGAGUUGUAUUAAAUUAUGUUAAAGAUAUAAGCACCAUAGGAGUGAAUAAUGACUUCAGUUUCAGACUGUUCCUCACACAAAGCUACCGUAUGAUGCAGAGUGACUUUAGAAUAUGUGGAAUAUAUCGCAUAACAUGCAUUCUAAACUUUUUAGAAUAGGUUAAUCAUACUUUUAUGGUGUUUAAAAGCUACAGUUUCCAUUCAUUGUAGGACAUUAUUCAAAAAUUAUUUUAAUGAAUUUCUAGCUGUGUCUGGUGCAUCAUAAUUGGCAUAGAAAUACAUUUGAAAUGUAUGUUUGAUCUUAGUAGAUUAGUUUAUAUAUGUUUUGGUCCAAAGUCAAAUUACAUGUGUUAAUGUUUGUUUUAAACACCUGCUUAAACCCCCUUCAAUUCUAAACACUGAAUUCUCUCCUUCUAAAAUUCCAAUUCAAAUAAAUAAUGAAGGUAUUGAAGUGAACCAUUUUCCAGGU